UCCUUCCUCAUUAGUGUUGGUGGCUGUCAAAACAAGGGUUUCUCUCCAGAAUCCGGAUUCCGGUUUCUCACUUGCCGGAAUUUCAUCUCCGUUGUUCUGAAAAGUAGUAGUGGUAAUUUGGUUGUCAGGUAAUUGACUUUUCGGAAUUUUGAAGAGAGAAGAGAUGGAUGGAAAUGGAGGACAGUAUAAUCCAAGAACAGUAGAAGAAGUUUUUAGAGAUUUUAAAGGUAGAAGAGCUGGGAUGAUUAAAGCUCUUACUUCUGAUGUGGAAGAAUUUUUCACGCAGUGCGAUCCUGAAAAGGAAAACUUGUGCUUGUAUGGGUUUCCAAGCGAGCAGUGGGAGGUCAAUUUACCUGCUGAAGAAGUCCCCCCAGAACUCCCAGAACCUGCAUUAGGCAUUAACUUUGCUAGGGACGGUAUGCAAGAAAAAGACUGGAUAGCUUUGGUUGCAGUGCACAGUGAUGCAUGGCUUCUUGCUGUUGCUUUCUAUUUCGGGGCCAGAUUUGGAUUUGACAAAAACGAGAGGAAGCGUUUAUUUAGCAUGAUGAAUGAUCUCCCAACAAUAUUUGAAGUUGUUACUGGAGCUGUAAAGAAACAAGUAAAGGAGAAAUCUUCAAUUUCAAAUCACAGCAGCAACAAAUCUAAGCCCGUUCCAAAAAUGCAGCGAAUGGCCGACCCACCAGCCAAGUACUCCAAGCCAGCGCCUCCAAAAGAAGAUAUAGAGGAAGAGGAUGAUGACGAAGAGGAUGAGCAUGGGGAUACUUUGUGUGGGGCUUGUGGUGAGAACUAUGCAUCAGAUGAGUUCUGGAUCUGCUGUGACAUCUGUGAGGUAUGGUUCCAUGGGAAAUGUGUGAAGAUAACCCCAGCUAGGGCUGAACAUAUCAAGCAAUACAAAUGUCCAGCUUGCACCAACAAGAGAUCACGCUAGUGAGACGGCGUGAAGGUUCUCUCUAUCUCUCCCUCAAUAUUUUGUAAUUCUCCUUAAGGGUGAAGUCUUGGUAACUGUCUCUUAUAUUGUGCCGUGGUUAGAAGACGUAGCAUGUGUUUGAGUACUUGGCUUUUGGAAUCUGGCAGUGUCAUGAACAAUUCAACUCUAUGCUUAGGUUUUUAUAUUCUCAAAUUAGGAGUAUAAAUAUAUAUUUUCCUCUCUAGGAAAUUGAAGUUUACCUUGUUGCAGUUACCAUGUUGCAGCCACUUAUUGUAGUUUUAUCUUUGGACCGAGUUUCUGUUAAUAUCAAAUUUCAGUCUUAUUGGAGAUAUUUUCAGAGUGAAUCCUGUUUUUUUGUUUAAA